CAACAACAACAACAACAACAACAACAACAACAACAACAACAACAACAACAACAACAACAACAACAACAACAACAACAACAACAACAACAACAACAACAACAACAACAACAACAACAACAACAACAACAACAACAACAACAACAACAACAACAACAACAACAACAACAACAACAACAACAACAACAACAACCACAACAACAACCACAACAACCACAACAACCACAACAACCACAACAACCACAACAACAACAA